GUCAAUGUUGGGUGCGUGCCAAAGAAGGUGAUGUGGAACGCGGCGGUCCACGCGGAGUUCAUCCACGAUCACGCCGACUAUGGCUUCGAAACGCCCGGUGUCACGUUCAACUGGAGAACAAUUAAAGAGAAGCGCGAUGCUUACGUGAGGCGCCUGAACGAGAUCUAUGAGAAUAACCUAAACAAGGUGAGGAUGUGUUUAUCCCACAAGCCGAGCAGGGAAGCGGGCUCUGCCUCAUUUUUGGCCCCUUUUCGCCUUAUAGCCACGGGCGGACGACCGGCCCUCCCUCCUGACAGCAAAAUUCCCGGUGCCAGCCUGGGGAUGACCAGCGAUGGCUUCUUCGAUCUGGAGGAGCUGCCCAGGCGCAGCGUUAUUGUCGGUGCCGGCUACAUCGCGGUAGAAAUCGCGGGGAUCCUUUCCACCCUGGGCUCCAAAUCAUCCCUGCUGAUCCGUUAUGACAAGGUCCUGAGGACUUUUGACUCCAUGAUCAGCUCAAACUGUACCCAGGAGCUAGAGAACACCGGGGUGGAUGUCUGGAAGCACUCAAAGGUCAAGACAGUCACCAAGUCUCAUAGUGGGCUGCUGGAUGUGACGGUGACCUCCUCGGUGCCCGGCCACAAGCCAGUGGAGGGAGUGAUCCGGGAUGUUGACUGCCUGCUGUGGGCGGUGGGGCGGAAGCCAAACACCGAGGGCCUGUGCCUGGACCAAGUGGGCGUGCAGGUGGACGACAACGGCCACGUGGUGGUGGACGAGUACCAGAACACCACCAGGAGAGGGAUCUAUGCUGUCGGAGAUGUCUGUGGGAGAGCCCUCCUCACCCCAGUGGCCAUCGCGGCUGCCAGAAAGCUGGCCCACAGGCUCUUCGAGGGCAAGCAGGACUCCCGGCUGGACUACUCUAACAUCCCCACUGUUGUCUUCAGCCACCCACCCAUUGGCACCGUGGGCCUUACCGAAG